AUGGCAUUGUUUGCUGCAGGAGCAGCCGGCACAGCAGCCCUCGCCGCAUAUCUCAACGCAAAGUUCCACAUCGUAUACGACCUGAACAAUGCCCGCGGUGGUCUUGCGCCGUCAAAAGAUGUCCUGGACUUCAUGACCGAACAGGUGGUGAAGAAGCGAGUCCUUACAUAUCACGUACUGGAGGACCACGCUCUGCGCAAUCGGCCGGAUCACCCAUUCUUGAUCUUCGAGGGCAAGACAUGGACAUACAAGGAAUUCUUUGAAGCAAUCACCAGAGUGGGCAACUGGCUCAUGAACGAUAUUGGUGUGCGAGUUGGAGAAAUGGUCGCCAUUGACGGAGGGAAUAGCCCUGAGUAUAUGAUGCUUUGGUUUGCAUUGGAUGCAAUUGGCGCAAGUAUAAGCUACAUCAACUGGAACCUGACUGGAGGCGGACUUGUUCAUUGCGCAAAGUUGUGCGAGGCAAAGCACCUCAUUGCAGAUGUCGAUGUCAAGAGCAAUGUCGAAGCCAGUCGCACUGAGCUUUGUGACCUCGGCGUUACGAUUCACUACUACGAUCCAUCAUUCAUUGCCUCCCUAUCCGACCGUACGCCAAUCCCCGAGACACGCCGCGAGAGCGUUCCCAUCGAGUCUGUCCGCGGUCUUAUCUACACUUCUGGAACGACUGGUCUACCCAAAGGCGUAGUGAUGAGUACGGGGCGUGAGCUGCUCGUGGGCUACACAACGGCCAAGUACCUGGGCUUGAAGCCGGAGGAUAAGAUGUACACAUGCAUGCCACUCUACCACGGCGCAGCACAUGGCUUGUGUGUCACGCCGACAAUACAUGCGGGUGGCACGGUAGUUCUGGGAAGAAGGUUCUCGCACAAGACGUUUUGGCCCGAGGUGGCAGCAUCAGGCGCGAAUCACAUCCAGUAUGUUGGCGAGCUUUGCAGAUACUUGCUCAACGGGCCACCUAAUCCAUACGAGUGCAAACACAACGUCCAGGUUGCAUGGGGCAAUGGCAUGCGUCCAGAUGUAUGGGAGCCGUUCCGCGAGCGAUUUAACAUUCCCAUCAUCAAUGAGCUUUACGCAGCCACCGAUGGGCUCGGCGCUACCUUCAACCGUAACGCAGGGCCCUUCACCGCGCACACAAUCGGACUCCGAGGCUUGAUCUGGAGCUGGAGGUUCAACAACGAGGAGGUGAGAGUGAAGAUGGACGUUGACACUGAGGACAUCAUGCGUGACGAGAACGGUUUUGCGAUCAGAUGCGGUACCAACGAACCUGGCCAGGUGUUGCACCGUCUGACACCGGAGACAUUGCCGAGCGUUCCAGGGUACUAUAACAACGAUGGCGCCAGCGAGAAUAGGAGGAUAACAGAUGUCUUCCAGAAGGGUGACAUGUGGUUCAAGUCGGGCGACAUGAUGCGACAAGACAGCGACGGCCGAGUAUUCUUCGUGGACAGACUGGGCGAUACAUUCCGCUGGAAGUCAGAGAAUGUCUCCACCAACGAGGUUGCGGAUAUGGUCGGCAAGUUCCCACAAAUCGCUGAGACCAAUGUCUACGGUGUGCAGGUACCAGGCUACGAUGGGCGCGCAGGGGCUGCAUCCGUAGUCAUGACCGAAGGCGUGACAGAGUCUACGUUUGACUUCCAGGCCUUGGCCAAAUAUGCCAGGUCUGUCUUGCCUGGCUAUGCUGUGCCGCUCUUUCUAAGGGUGACGCCUGCGCUGGAGUACACCGGGACCAUGAAGAUCCAGAAGGGCAGGCUAAAGAAGGAAGGUAUCAAUCUGGACAAAGUUACAGGUAACGACAAAUUGUACUGGCUUCCGACGAACAGUGAUCGGUAUGAGCCGUAUGGGAGGAAGGAUUGGGAGGGCAUCAAAGACAAGAGUAUAAGGCUUACGUAG